GAAAGGAUAAAUCUGAAAAGACACAGAGGGAUAUUACUGAGAUUGAGCAUAUCCUGUGGAAUAUAUUGUAUUUUAUUUUUAUUUUUUGUAUUUGUUCAUUUUUCGGAACACCUUAUAGUUUGUUUUAGAGGAAAAUUUAUUCUCAUCAUGUUGUGUGGAGACCGAGCGCACCCUGGACGGGUAAAAUGGCGAUUUGGCUGCGGACAGAUUUUUUUUCUCUUUAAUUUUCUUUGUUGUUUCACUGGUUUUGUCUCCGGACACAUCAGAUAUUCAAUCCCAGAGGAGAUGAAGAGAGGCUCUCUGAUCGGGAAUGUAGCGCAGGACCUGGGCUUGGAUCUGAACAGGCUCCGUUCUGGUCGGGCCCGCAUCGUGAGCGGAGAAAACAUCCAGUACACCGAGCUGAAGGCAGACAAAGGGACCUUAGUGGUGAAGGAGAGAAUCGACCGAGAGCAGCUUUGCGGCGACACAACACCGUGCAGCUUCAGCUUUGAGGUGAUUUUAGAAAAUCCCAUGGAGCUGCAUCAAAUCACUGUCGAGAUUACAGACAUUAAUGAUCAUUCUCCGACGUUUAAACAAGCUGAAAUAGAUUUUGAAAUUAGUGAAUCAGCUGUUACCGGCGCUCGUUUUCCACUUGCGCCUGCAGAAGAUUUAGAUGUGGGUGUGAACAAAUUGAGAGAAUAUUUCCUGACCGACAAUGAUCAUUUUGUCCUUAAACAACAUUCAAACGCAGAUGGAAAGAAAGACGCAGAGAUGGUUCUCCAGAAGCCUUUAGACCGAGAAACAAACCCUCAUCUGUCUUUAAAGCUGAUAGCUGUGGACGGAGGGACUCCUCAGAGAUCUGGGUCAGUCAAUAUAAAUGUGACAGUUCUUGAUGCAAAUGAUAACAUCCCCGUGUUUAACCAAAGCGUUUAUAAAACAGCUGUGGUGGAAAACACCGUGAAAGGCACAAGUAUAAUUUCUGUGAAUGCCACAGACGCUGAUAGUGGUUCGAAUGGACUCAUUACUUACAGUUUGUCUAAAAUGAAAGGGAGUGCUGCAGAUAUUUUUAGAAUUAAUAAAGACUCCGGUGCAAUAUUUGUUUCUGGUGAAAUAGAUUUUGAAAGAGAGAGAAAAUUUGAAGUCAGAGUAGAAGCAAAAGAUCAGGGUGGAUUAAUAGGAACAAGUAAAGUUAUAAUCGAUGCCCUGGAUAUGAACGAUAACACUCCUGUUAUAAAUGUGAUGUCAUUCUCCAGUCCGUUAUCUGAAGAUGCGCCUCCUGGUACAACAGUCGCCAUUUUGAACAUAAAAGAUGCAGAUUCUGACAAAAAUGGUCAAAUUAAAUGUUCUGUAGAAGGAAAGCUUCCUUUUAGAAUCGAGUCAUCUCUAACAAACUAUUAUAAUUUAAUCACAGAUCAACAUUUAGAUAGAGAAUCUGUCUCAGAAUAUAACAUAACUAUAACAGCCACAGAUUUUGGAUCUCCACCUCUGUCUACUUCAACACAGUUACACCUUAAAGUUUCUGAUGUAAAUGACAACGCGCCGUUGUUUGAUAAAAGCAGCUACUCUGCUCACAUCAUGGAGAACAAUCCACCUGGAUUUAAUAUAUUUGCUGUCAGCGCGCGAGACUCUGACUGGAAUCAAAACGCGAGAAUCUCCUAUCUUUUAGAGGAAACACAGGUCGGUGGUAAUCCAGUGUCCAGUUUUGUGUCUUUAAACUCUGAAACUGGAGUUCUGAGUGCUGUUCGCUCGUUUGAUUAUGAACAAAUUAAAGAGAUUCAGUUAGUAGUUAAAGCGCAGGAUGGAGGCUCUCCUCCACUCAGCAGCAAUGUGACUGUGAAAAUCCUGAUCCAGGACCAGAAUGAUAACCCUCCUCAAGUUCUGUUCCCAGUCCAGACCGGUGGCUCCAGGAUACAGAGUGACAAGAACCUCCUGGACCAACCUGACUCUCCUAUAGAGUGCACACCCGAGAGAUGUUAA